GGCCACGAUCGGUCGUGAAGUGACUAGCAGCAGCCAUGGUCAGCAAGCUCGUCCUCGCCUCCCUCUUCUUCAGCGGCAACGUGGAUGCAGCGGCAAGUCUGUCGUCUCCCUACUCUCCUCCUCCUUCCAUGUCGGGUGCGUCCUCUAGCACGGCCACCUCGUGGCAAUGGCCUUCCUGCACGCAGGCCAGGACCACGUCGUUCGGCAGGGCCGACGACGAGGUAUCAUCGACGCGCCGGGGCUGCAAGACCAGGGUGAUAACGAACCCGGCCUACUGCGACGACCACUCGGCCGAGCACUCCUUCCUGUCCGCCGCCGACUCCUCUACUUCGACCACGGCGCCGGUGGUGGCGAGCGAGGUGAUCAUCCGCGGGAUCCGGGCGUCCAGCCGUCUCUUCUUCGAGCCCGUGGCGACGAGCUCCAUCGUGAAGCCAGCUGCGGCGGCGUUCGGCGGGGCGACGGCGAUGGCCAUCGACUCGGCGGACCCGUACGACGACUUCCGGCGGUCGAUGGAGGAGAUGGUGCUGAGCCACGGCGCCGAUGGCGAGGACGACUGGGGGUGGCUGGAGGAGAUGCUGGGGUGGUACCUCAGGGCCAACGGCAAGAAUACCCACGGCCUCAUCGUCGCCGCCUUCGUCGACCUGCUCGUCGCGAUCACCUCCGGCCGGCAAGCAGAGCCAGCAGGGCUAGUUCCGUAG